GGGAAGUGGGAGAUGUUGAUGUUGUAGUGCCGGUGCUGUGGUAACGGAGCGGUUCUGCGGGGAGCCCAUGAAGCGAGACGCUCGGUGGCGGACGAGGUUGGUUAGGAUUGAAGGCUCUGAUCACGGAGAAUUAGUCUGCGAUGUCUAUAGACUUUGAUGGCGGGGCACUGCAGACCCAGCACGACGACGACGAGUAUGACAAAGAGGAUUAUGCCAGGGAGCAAGAGUUGCAGCAGCUCCUAACAGACCUUCCUCAUGAUAUGCUUGAUGACAGCCUCUGCUCGUCUUCAGAAGCUAACUUCAGUGAUUGUAGUGACCAUGACUUAUCUGAACAGCAUCCGCACUGGAACCCUAAGGAUCACUGGGACAAACAUGAAGGGAUGUCUGCUCAGCAAAAUUAUCAAGAUGGUUAUAGCGACCAAACAAAUUCUGCUCAAUAUAUGGGCCUACAAAAUGGACCUCCUAGAAACCAAGAGGUGGAAGAAGAAAUGCCCAAUGGGUGGGGAGCUCUUAACAGGGGCAAAGGAGAAAAUCACUUCCAUAAUAAAUACAGCUAUCCAAAAGAACCUGCAAAUAAUGACUCUAAUGUAGGAAGCUUUCACAGUGACGGUCAUUAUGAUGGACCGGACCAUUGUUCAACAAGUGAAUUGUAUCAUCUUCCAGAAGACUUUCAGCCUUAUACCAAUAAUGGACAUCAGAUGGGAGAAGGCUUUUCAGAGGAUAAACAUGAGCAGUUCCAGAUGUUCCCUGCAUCAGAAGGAAAUGGCCAUCAGAUCUCCGAGCCCAUUCAAAUGAAAUACAAUCCAUACCAAAUAAAUGGUACACGAAAAGAUGCAUCCAGCCAAGAUCCUCCAAGGAGAGAUGACAAUUAUGGGGACCUCCAGAGAGAGUUCCUGGAUACUGGUGAAUGUACAUCGAAUAAUAUACAAUUUGUACAGCUACAAGUUCUUUACAAGGCGCGAGGGAGACAACUAGAAGAAUUAAAUACAAAGUUAGAAGAAAGUGAGCGGCAGCUAAGAUACCUGAGUCAUCAGCUUACUAUAGUGAAAGAUGAAAAGGAUGGAGUAAUACUGAGUAUACAAGAAUCACAGAGUUUGCUUCAAAAUUCCAAAGAAGUAGAGCUUCAGCUACGAGGCCAGAUAACUGCCCUAGAGAGAACCGUUGAUGGUCUGACCACAAACGAUGAGCAGUUAAGGAAGGAGCUGAAAGUUUCCAAGCUUGCAAUGGACAGUAUGCAGCAGCAAGUCAUGGACCUGCGGCGUUCUGAUUCAAUCCACAGAGCUAGGGAGCAACAUGAGGCUGUUGUAUCCAUGCUUAAGAAGAAGAAUGAGGAGCAAUUGCUGUCGCUGCAGCAGAAGCUGGAUGAGGUUAACGCUGCACUAACAGAGCAGAAGGAAAUCUGUAGUCGCCUGGAGCAACGAUUGAAACAAUCUGAGAGAACCCAAGAAGAAAUCAAGAUGGAGAAAACUGACAUUAUUAACCGCCUGACUAGGAGCCUGGAAGAAAGUCAAAAGCAAUGUGCUAACCUCCUGCACACAGGCUCGAUUCAGGAGACUACACAGUUACGGAUGCAGCUUCAGCAGUUGCAAUCCUCGAAACUAAUAAGUGACGGCAUGAACAAGGCUUUGCAGGUUGAAAUAAAGGAAUUAAAAGAGCAAAUUACCAUGUACGAGUCUGCUGCCAAACUGGGAGUUUUUAUCAGUGGUGAAGAGGAACAAGAACUAUCCGAUUCUUAUGUGGAUCUGGGUAUUAGGAAAGUUAAUUGGCAGAAAUCACGAUUCAACAGGGUGAUGCCUAUUAAUGGUCUUAGGAAAGAUCUUUCAUCUGAGGAGAUUAUUAUGGAGCUGAAAGCAGAACUUGAACGCUCCUUCUGCAGUAACAAAGCAAAACGACAGCAAAUUGUUCAGCUGCAAUCGGAUCUGAAAGGAUAUCAGCUAAAAACUGAGGAACUGAAAAAGUUACUGGAAAGUGCUGAAAAAGAGACCAAGGAAUGCAAGGCCAGUUCAAAUAACUUUGAUAGACUGUUGGAUUCUACAUCUCCACCUAGACCAGUAGCUGAUACAGACCAGGAGAUUCAACGACUGCAAUUGGAAAAGCAACAGCUGCAGCAAGAAAUUGAGAAACAAUUGCUGUGUAUUAAAGAACUUGCCACAAAUGAGGCGAAAUUGAAGGCCGCGAACCAGCAACUCUGCAGCCAAAUGAGACAAAUGUUUGAAGACUUUGAUAAAGAUAAGAAGGAGUCUAUUGACAGGUGUGAGCGCACAUAUGAACAGCAUCACGAAGACAUUAAGAACCAUAUAAGAACGGAAUUGAGUGAGAUAUUUGAAGCGGAGAAGCAAUAUCAGUGUCGGGCUUAUGAGGCUGAAAUAGCUAACUUACAGUCUCGGAUCACGGAGUUGACCAAUGAGAUGACAGCAGUGCAGGAAUGUUAUAUAGCAGUCUGUAAAGAGAAGGAUGCUCUAGAAGAUAAUCUCAGAGACAGCAUAAAAAAGGAAUAUCAGCAGAGUGAAGAAAAGUGGAGAGAAAAACUGCAAGACAUGGAAAAGUCUGCGCAAACUCAGACAAUGGAGCUAGAAUUGAAACACCAAGCAUCUUUGUUUGACGUAAAGGCCCAGUGGGAGAAAGAAAGGGAAUGCACGAUAAAAGAACAGUUGGAAUUGGCAAAAGGAAGCUGGACAAAGGAGCAGGAGAAGGAAACUAAAUUAAGAAUUCAAGAGCUGGAGAACCAGUGGAGACAGAAACUAGAUAGAGACGUUCAAGAGGCCAGAUCAAAGUCGCUGCAGAACUUAGAAGACCAUGCAAUACAGACAGAGGAGACUUCGACCACACAAUCUACAUUAGAAGCUGAGCGGCUAGAUGAAUUAAAACUUCAACUUCAUAAUGCUGUGCAAGAGAAAGAGAGGGCUAUCCGGGAAGCCCAACUAGAUCUGGAAACACGGCAUCGGGAGGAUAUUUCAAAGCAGGUGGAAUUGGCUCUAACAAAAGCUCACAAAAGGUGGUUAGAAGAACUUACUAGUUUAUCAGAAUACAAAGCAAACUUGAGGCUCGAGAGAGAAAAGUGGGAGAGACUUCAUGAUCUCAAUAUCAAGAAGCAGAUAUCUGAUGCUGCUGCUGAAGAAAACUGGAAGUUAUCAGCAGGAAAAGGGGACUACAGCAAAAAUGUGAAAGAAUUGGAGGAGCAAGUUGUCUCAUUGAAAAGGGAACUGGAGCGGAAGAAUGAUGAAUUCGAGGCCCAGAUGAAAGUAGGACUUGGGGAGGCACGUGCUCUGUGGAGUAAAGACAGACAAGACGAAAUUCAACAGAUUCAGGCACAAAAUGAAAAUGAUUAUCGCACAUUUUUGAAUGAGCAUAAGAAUAAGAUCAGCGAAGUUCUUUCCACAGUAAAAGCUGAUUUUGAAAAGCAAAAAAAUGAACUGGUUUCUCAGAAGGAAGAGGAAGUAACAGAAAUGUUUAACAGGCAACUCAAGCAACGGAUUUGUGAAGAAUCUCUGAGAAUCCAAGAUCAUGAUAGAGAGAUUUUAUCUGAAAUAGAGCGAAUUAUGUCUGACAUUCAUGACGAACUGGUGGAAAAACGUGUUCUAGAUGCUCUGUCAUAUACAUCGAGCAAUUUAGAUGCCCAGUUUUUAAAUAAGCUUCGAUACGGUGUACAGAAGUCUGUAAAGGGGAUUGUUUACAAGGCCAUUUCAAAUGCAAAAUCUAAGUGGAAGCAGAAACCUGAUGAGAAUUUUGCCAAUCGUGAACCCAAGGUCUCCAUAAGUGCACAGGACCGUUCUUAUAUUAGGAAUACAGAAGGUACCCCCAAAAGCCAUAAAAAGAACCUUUCAGAAAAACAGACAAAUGAAGACUGGUUGACAACGAAAGGCAAUAAUGCUGAAUGUUGUUGCUGUGAAAACUGCUUGCAGCAGCUUCAGAGAUACAAGAAGGACUGUCAGGAACUUCGAGGCAAACUGGAUAAAGCCUGUCGGCAUCUUCAGCAAGCAGUGAAGGACCAGAAACUGAAAGCAGAGCAGUUUAAAAAUCAUGAAAUUGUUGCCCAUACGCUCAGGAAAGAAAAUGCUGAGCUGCAUAAAACUCUUGAAGAAAUGAAAAGUAACGGCACAUCACAAAGUUCUCAGCAAGAUGAGAGUUCAGAGAAGGGCUGUGCUCUGUGUAAAGGAAAUGCACUAGAAGAAAUGCGUGCUCAAUAUAUCAAAGCAGUGGACAAAAUAAAAACAGAUGACAUGCUUCGUUACAUACAUGAAAGCAAGGGAAGAGCAGCUGAAAUGUUGAAAAAUGAAGUUCUAAGAGAACGGCAGGAAACUGCUAGGAAAAUGCGCAAGUAUUACUUGACCUGUCUGCAGCAGUUACUAAAGGACGACGGCAAGAAUGAGGGAGCUGAAAAGAAAAUAAUGAAUGCUGCAAGCAAGUUGGCAACUAUGGCAAAAGUGCUUGAAACUCCUAUCUCCCAGAAAACACAAAGCAGAAACUUACGUCUAGGGUUAGCAGUGAACCAAGAUGAAACUGAGCCUGAAACCAUUAAACCAAUGAAGAAUGUUCUAAGAUGUUCAAGUGACAGAUCAACCGAUCCAAGCACAGAACAGAAAACGCUGGAUGAGCUCAUCAGGAGGCAUAUGAAAGAGAAGCUGGAUGGAGGAAGAUUCCCUAAUGGUGAAGAUUCUGCUGCCAUUGAACAUGAAGUGUUAAAACAAUAUGGAAUGGACUGUGUCGAGCACAAACCUCCACCAGCGCGUGCAGGACAGGCUAUGAGUACACCCUUUGAGGGCCUUGAUCUUAAUAGUCCAAACACUAAUGUAGAUUCUCUCCAGGUCGCAUUUUAUAAGCAGAGUGAGCCGUCUGUUUUACAUGGACUGAGAGAUCGCUCAUGCCAUGGAAAUCCAAAGUGCCGAUCAGAUAGACAAAAGUUUGAGCUCCAAGAAACUCCAGUGCGGGAUGAGAAUGGAAGCAAUGACUGGAGCUGUUUGAAUAGUAAAGGUCCCUUUUUGACCCGGACUACGCAAAUCCCUUUAACCAAUUCGAAGGCACAGUCUCAAAAUCCAAACACUCCUGUGAAUGUUUCAGGAGCAGGUUUAUUUUCCUUUGUGGAGGGAAGUCAUGAUACCUUUGGCAGCAGAUAUGAAGGUCAGAAUCACUCUGCACACAUUGUAAAGAAGAGAGAUCAGACUCCUAGUACACAGCAUUCUAGUAAAGUUAUGGGUCACCCGCCUACAGCUGUUGAAUCUAAGCCAUACUCAGAUGUAGGUCGAGGCAGCCAACUACCUUCACGGAAAUUAUUGUUGGAUUUUGCAACCCCUCAGCAAGACAGCGGCUUUGACAGUCCAUUGCCUAUUUAAAUAGUUCUGACUGACCAAGAAAGCACUCAAAAAUCUUUUACGGCUUGACCAUUUUUUGUUCCAGCUGUGCAGGUUCUCUUCCAAAUUUUACUGCAAAAUGUAUUGACUAAUUUAUUUUCUCUGUAUAUAGUCCUGUGCUUUUUUUUUACAUGUUGUUUUUGUAUAUUUGUGAGUGUGUCUGAAGAUUUUUAUUUUUGUAUUCUGCCUGUUUUUACCUAAUUAUGUUAUUUAA